UGGCUCGUAAACUUAGCGCGUUCGGGUGGGUGGUUAGUGGUAGUGUGGAGUAGUUAUUGUUUUUCCGUCGCGGCGUAGAGUUGACUAAUCCGACCGACCGACCGGACCGGACCGCUUCAAUUAAAAAGCACGCGACACUCGCCGGAAAAAAAAGGGAAAACGGGCUGAGGAAAGGGAAGGAAAAGCGAACGGUAACAGCAAAACAAAACAAACGACGAAAAGCAGUGCGAAAUGAAGGUCUGCUGCAUUGGCGCUGGAUAUGUCGGCGGUCCGACUUGCGCGGUAAUGGCGCUCAAGUGCCCCGAUAUCGUGAUUACCCUGGUGGACAAGAGCUCCGAGCGGAUUGCCCAGUGGAAUUCGGAUAAAUUGCCCAUUUACGAGCCCGGUCUGGAUGAGGUUGUGAAGAAGUGCCGCAAUGUGAACCUCUUCUUCUCCACGGACAUCGAGACGGCCAUUAAGGAGGCGGACCUCAUCUUCAUCUCGGUGAACACGCCCACAAAGACCUGCGGCAAUGGCAAGGGUCGAGCCGCAGACCUUAAGUACGUAGAGAGUGCAGCCCGAAUGAUCGCCGAGAUCGCGCAGUCCAACAAGAUUGUGGUGGAGAAGAGCACGGUGCCUGUGAGGGCGGCGGAAAGCAUUAUGCACAUACUGCGGGCGAACCAAAAGCCCGGUAUCCACUACGACAUCCUGUCCAAUCCAGAGUUCCUGGCUGAGGGCACCGCCAUCAAUGAUCUUCUUAAUGCGGAUCGCGUGCUAAUCGGCGGCGAGGAGACGGCCGAGGGACAUCAGGCGGUGGAGAAGCUGUCAUGGAUAUACGAGCACUGGAUACCCAAGGAAAACAUUCUCACUACCAACACGUGGAGCAGUGAGCUAUCCAAGUUGGCGGCAAACGCUUUUCUGGCCCAGCGCAUCUCCAGCAUUAAUUCGCUGUCGGCAGUGUGCGAAGCCACUGGAGCCGAUGUCUCCGAGGUGGCGAGGGCCGUGGGUCUGGAUUCCCGCAUCGGUUCCAAGUUCCUGCAGGCCUCCGUGGGUUUCGGCGGCAGCUGCUUCCAGAAGGACAUCCUCAACCUGAUCUACAUCUGCGAGAACCUCAACUUGCCGGAGGUGGCCGCCUAUUGGCAGCAGGUAAUCGAUAUGAACGAUUACCAGAAGCGUCGAUUCUCCCAGAAGAUCAUCGAGAGUUUGUUUAAUACUGUUUCGGACAAGAGGAUAGCCAUCCUGGGAUUUGCUUUCAAGAAGAACACGGGUGAUACCAGAGAAACCGCAGCCAUAACCGUAUGCCAAACUCUUCUGGAAGAAGGCGCCGCUCUAGAUAUCUACGAUCCUAAAGUGGAACCCGAGCAGAUCAUCGACGACCUCACGCAUCCAAGCGUCACGGAAUCCCCGGAGAAAGUGAAGAAGGCUGUGCAGAUCCACAGUGAUCCCUACAGUGCUGUUCGAGCCACUCAUGCCCUGGUUAUCUGCACGGAGUGGGAUGAGUUUGUGGAUCUUGACUUCAAGCGCAUAUACCAAUCGAUGAUGAAGCCGGCGUACAUCUUCGAUGGACGCAAGAUCCUCGACCACGAGAGGCUGCAGCAGAUCGGCUUCCACGUCCAGACCAUCGGCAAGAAGUACCAGCGCGCUGGACUUCUCCGCUCCUGGGGAAUUGUGCCGCAGCUUUAGGCGCGAAGGGCGGCGGAGGUGGUGGCAUUUACACUUAAAGUUGGCGAAAUUUCCAGUAUUUGCGAGACUAAAUUGUAAAUAUCUAGCUAUCUGUUUCUGUAUUUGAGUAUGUGUUAGAAUGGGUCAAUUUGAAAGUCAAAAAAUAGUUGGGAAGGAAAGUAAUCUGAGAAUAAUUCUAUGAAAAAAUAUUUGACCUUGUAGUUAUUAUAUUUUGACCCUGCUUAAUUUAAUGUCUAAAUAGAAAAGUGUCGAUAAGCAAGAAAAAUGUUCAACUAAACUCGUUGCUCCAUUCAUUCCUAUGAAGUAAAAUGUGAAAAGAAUGAAUGAUGAAGUAUAAUUUCAACAUAUCUAAUAAUUUGAAAAGAAAAUGAUUUAAUAUUAUUUAAUAAAUAAUUUGCUUGUAAAUAAUUGGAAUGCAAAAUUCGUAUUUUAAAUUGAAAAAGGUCAAAAUCGUUUUAGAAUUUUUUAUAGAUUAAUAUUUGAUAUUUUUAAAGUUUUCUUUAAAUUGACCCAGUCUUUUGUGUGUUUUUAAAUAGUUAAAGUAUUCAGCUAGGCACGCCCGAGGGAAAACCCCAUACCGUAUUUGUAUUCAUAUUCCUAUUCCUGUACCGACCCGCCACUCGAGGAUCGGUAGUUGCAAUAUAAGCCCCAGCAGGACUGUCUUUUCCUGCGGAGGUUCAAUAAAAACUAGCAUUUACACGAGAGCAUGUAAAUUUUAUAAAAAUAA